UUUCAUUCAUUUAGAUGAAGAGCUCUGGCGAGAACUUUUUCAACAUCGUAUUCUCGUUAUCUUUACGUAAGAAAUGUUACUCAAUCAGCCUUGACUCAAAAUUCACAUUUUUUUUAAAUUUAAUUUCCUCCAAACGCAGUUGAAGUUUGUAUGUACAAGACAUUUCUCUUCAUAUUGAAUGGCGAAUAAGUAGAAACUGGAAUUCGAUUAAUGGUAAUUUGUGCAUUUUAGAAAGGAACUUAUUGUUAUUACUCAGUAUAAUUGCUGGGAUAGUUUGUGUUUGAAGUAUCUUGUGCUUGCGUUCUACAAUUUUCCAAGAUUAUGUUGGGAAAUUUUUUGCUCCGAACAUGUCUCCUGUUGAUUAUCACAUCCUGCAUUUGUGUGAAUAUGCAGAGUUCCACAACAAAGGCACCACCUAAAAGAACAACUCCUAGAACUGGAUUCUUUAAAACUUUAUUUCAAGUGGGAUAUGAGCAAUGGACAGAUACGAGAAAUACUCUUGGAAAAAUCAAUACGAUGCUCAAUGAUAAUUUCUUACCUGAAGGUGCUGCCGCCGCAACGGUAGUAACAACAGAAAGUUCCGAUCCAAAUGCAACGACUACGAAAGCACCCUACAGAAUUUCCAGAAAUGAAUUGGGAAGGAUUUUGAGAAGGAAUGUGAAAGGGCUUGUUCGACUUUUCAAUUUAGAAUUGGAUGAUGCACUCAAGCAAUCUCGAAUCACUGACAAAGAGUUCAACAGGAAUGCAUCUAUAGAAUUUUCGAAGUUCCUGUAAUUCCCCCAAAAAUAUUUUUUGAGAAUUGGUGAAUAUGGUGAUUUGCUCAACUUAAUUUAUUGAAAAUUUAUGUAAAAUGUAAAUAAAUGUUUAUACCUAGUUCAUUUACAGUGUAGUUAUAUUUAUUCUGGAAUUCUUAGAAAGUUCUAACUUCAACUAGAGAUAGGAAAUCUGGAAAAUUUUCUUGUGAUGUUGUGAAUUUUGAAAUAUAGCUAUAUAUUUUU